AUGUCCUUCUCACACCCGCCGCGAACGCUUCCAUCUUACCGCCGACGAUCCCUUUCGUCAACGCACCUCAACACCGCCGCUAACUCUCCCCCCUUCAUGUCGCCGGAAUCCACCCCGUUCCAUCUCCGGCAUGUCCUCGUUGCAGCGCUGUUUUUCUUCGUCGUUUCUCUAUCCUGCAUACUCCUCUUCAGAGACGCCGGUUACUCUCACUUCGUUUCUGCUUAUUCGCUCCCUCGUUUUUUAACCGUUUUCCCCUCGCCUUCCAAUAAUUCCGCUGCGGCUAGGAAUGAAUAUCCACUUGAAAGGAUUUUGAAGGAGGCUGCCAUGGAAGACAAAACUGUUAUAUUGACCACAUUAAAUGAAGCAUGGGCAGCACCAAAUUCAGUCAUUGAUCUUUUUCUGGAGAGCUUUAGAAUUGGAGUUCAUACUCGUAGGCUUUUGAAUCAUUUGAUAAUUAUUGCACUGGACCAGAAGGCAUUUCUACGCUGUCAGGCUAUACAUACAUAUUGCUUUUUGCUUGUUAGUGAAGGUGAUGAUUUUCAUGAAGAGGCAUACUUUAUGACUCCUCGCUAUUUGAAGAUGAUGUGGAGAAGAAUUGAUUUCCUGCGUUCAGUUCUUGAGCUGGGAUACAAUUUUGUGUUUACGGAUGCUGAUAUCAUGUGGUUUAGGGAUCCAUUUCCCCGGUUUCACCACGACGCAGAUUUCCAGAUAGCAUGUGAUCAUUUCACAGGUGACUUUGACGAUAUAUAUAACAGGCCCAAUGGAGGGUUCAACUUUGUGAAGUCCAAUAAUAGGUCAAUAGAGUUUUACAAAUUCUGGUUCUCCUCACAAGAAACCUAUCCUGGAUACCACGAUCAGGAUGUCCUCAAUUUCAUCAAGGUUGACCCUUUCAUUGAUGAUAUCGAACUGAAUAUGAAAUUCUUGGAUACAGCUUAUUUUGGUGGGCUCUGUGAACCAAGUAAAGAUCUAAAUCAAGUUUGUACCAUGCAUGCAAACUGUUGUUAUGGUAUGGAUAGUAAGGUUCACGAUCUGAGAAUUAUGCUCCAGGAUUGGAGACAUUAUUUGACUUUGCCUCCAAGUUUGAAGAGGUUGUCAGUUAUAUCCUGGAGGGUUCCUCAGAAAUGCAGCCUUGAUUCCCUCGAGCCCAAUGGUUCAGCAGAGAAGAGUGCUGAAGAAGAUUAA